CGUGGAUCGUGUUUCGCUAUCGAGCAGCAGAGCAGAGCAUGGAGAUACUGCGUGGCCCCGUGGACGGCAUCGCCCUAAGCGAGAACUUCCCUGUUGAUGGAUUCCGCCUCAUGGUGGCGCUUGCGGGUUGCAGCCUCAUCGCACCGCUCAUCCACCUCACACGCGGCGAGACAUCUCGUCACUUGUUCAAUGUUGCGGUGGGACUAUUCGCCGGCGUCUUCGUGUUCGACUUGGCCGUGUUGCACACUAUCGGGACGGCCGUUGUUGUGUAUUUGCUCAUGAUGGUGGCUCCAAGGAAGCUUGUGGGGCGCAUUGUGCUGCCGCUGCUGUUGGCGUACCUCGUGGCGAUUCACUAUUACCGUGAAUUCUACAGCCCAGACAUUGUGUGGGACUCGGCCCAAAUGAUCCUAACGCUUAAGCUCAGCAGCGUCGCGAUCAACUACAGUGACGGCGGGCUGCCCACGGAGAAGAAGACGCCCACAAUGCUUAAGAACGAGCUGCAAGAAAUCCCAGAGCUGAUCCCGUACUUUGGCUUCGUUUUCUUCUUCCCGACCUACUUGGCUGGUCCUGCGUUCGAGUACAAGGACUACAUUUACUGGAUGAAGGACGUUCGCGUUGCUCCUUUCAUGGUCCAUCUCCGCAAUCUCGUCGUCCUUGUGAUUUCCGCUGCUGGUUUCUUCGUCUCGCUCCAAUUCCCCGUCGAGGAAAUCGACUCCCCCGACUUCUUCCCGAAAUCGUCGUGGGCUGUGCGCUGCCUCCGUAUGUGCAUCCCUGUCGUGUUGUUCCGUUUCCGCUACUAUCUGGCCUGGUCGCUGGCCGAGGCGGCGAGUGCUGCUGCGGGCGUGGGCUACGUGCAAGCUACUGGAAAAUGGAACGGCAUCACGAACAACGAUCUCCUGUGUGUGGAGCUUCCGACGAAUUUCCGAGUGGCCAUCAACAGCUGGAACAUUGGAGUUGCGCGCUGGAUUAACACUUACAUUUACCAGCGCGUCGGUCUGACCAAGUCUGGGAAGUCCACGAUGCUCUCCACGAUGGCGUCAUUCUUUGUCAGCGCUCUGUGGCAUGGACUGUCGCCUGGUUACUACCUGUUCUUCCUCUUGGGUGGCAUCUACAUCGAAGUUGGCAAGCAACUUCGUCGUCGUCUGCGUCCAUACUUCCACUACACGGAGGACCGUAAGGCUCACUCGCAUGCCAUUUUCCUCUCGUACUUUAGCGGCACGUCUCAUCCACUGGCCUUCUUGUACGACAUCUCGGGCAUGUUCUUCACGUGGGUGGCGAUGCAGUACGCUGGUGUCGCCUUCGAGAUCCUGGACGUGCGUCGUUGCCUCGCCAUUUGGAGCUCGUGGUACUUCCUCCCGCACCUUGUGAGCAUCGGCUUGCUGGUUUUCUUUAACCUCUUCCCGCAACGUCGCUCCACUCCCACCGACAAGAAGACGCAGUAACAAGUCAUCCGAAGUGCCGAGUCAAUAGAUCCAUGCCUCUGUCAA